AUGGAAUCCUUGAGCAUUCUCAGUAGCGACAAUGGGCCAGCCGAUGUGUGUAGGCCAGAAGAGCUGCCCUACACGGCCCAGCUGUUUGACAAAUCGGUCAUGGACUGGCCAGAUAAUAUAGCACUGGUGUGCGCUCAUCAAGCGCCGGACCUUUACGGCAUUCCCAGCGAACCUGUUCCCAAGCUGCCUGGUCAGGGAGGCCAUGGAGAGUCAGAGCGCCGCGCGUAUCUGCGCUGGACGUUCCGGAGCCUGAACUCGGGAAUCCAGCGGCUCAGGGUCGGUCUCGGGCUGCUAGGUGCACAACCCGGCACGGCCGUGGUGACCUUUAUGCCAAAUUGUGCCGAAUAUGUUCUCACCUGGUGGGCGGCACGGGGGAUGGGCCUGGUGAUGGCUCCUCUCAACCCGCGGAGCCUUUCCAAUAAAGACGAAGUGGAGCACAUGCUCGCCACGAUCGCAAAGGGCACGGGGGACAAGCGGCUGAUACUGGUUGUCUACGAGCAAGAGCUGUUGCGAUCGGAACCCCUGAAGAGCAUCCGUGCUUUCGCAAAGAUCGUUGUGGCGGGUGCAGCGCAACCGCCCGAGAGCGACGAGGUCUCGUUUGGGCAUCUCAUGUCGGCGGGUGCUACUGCGGCGCACAGCAGUGCCGAUGGCCUUCGGGAUGCGCAGCCAACCGACGACGAGAUACUCUUCACCAGCGGCUCGACCUCGCGCCCAAAGGCCAUCAAGAUGGAGCAUCCCACCCUGUCUCUAGGAAUGCGGGACUUUGCCAGUUCGCCCGGCUGCGACCGCAAGCCUGGGGACUUGUGGCUCUCGUUCCUGCCCAACAACCACGGCAUGGGACGGUCGUCCGUCACGUCGCCCAUGUGCUCCGGCGGUGGCGUGGUAUACCCCGGGUUUUAUUUCAAUGUCGGCGAGGUCGUGGACGCGCUGGUGACGGAAACCUGCACGCACGCGGCGCUGGUGCCGAGCCUGAUCAGGCUUCUGGGCGACGCCGUAGGCACGAGGCUCAAGCAGACGGCCCGGCGUGGGAGCCUGAUACGCUCGCUGUACCUAAGCGGCGCACCGCCCACGCCGGCCGACCUCGAUAUCUGCUCCAGCGUCUUGGGGGUCCAAGCCAUCUCGUCCAUCUACGGCAUGACCGAGGGUCCAGAGGCCAGCACCAGCGGAUGCAGCGACUGGACCAACCUGGUCAGCGACAAGGGGAUGCUGUCGGUGGGGUGCCCACGCAGCCGCGGCGCGUCCCUCAAGAUAUGCUCGCCCGACGCGACGGGUCCGGACCGAGCGCCGCUGCCCGUCGGGACGCCGGGCGAAAUACACUACUGCGGGCCUCAUCGGCUGCCGAGCCCGACGAUAUACAUGGACGUUCCAGACGACGAUGAGUUCUGCUAUACCGACCUGCAGGGACGGCGGUGGCUCGUCACGGGCGACCGGGGUCUCGUAAACGAGGGCGGGCAGCUGUACAUAAUCGGCCGCUCCAAGGAGAUGAUCAUCCGAGGCGGGGAGAACAUCGCCCCCGCCGCCAUCGAAUCGCGCCUUGCCGAAAACCCUCGCCUCUCUCGCCUCGCCAUCCAAGUCGUCGGGGCGCCCGACGCCAUCGCGGGCGAAGUGCCGGUUGCGGUCGUCGAGGUCGGUGCCGACAAGCUGGAGCAGGUCGCACAGGAAAUCCACGACACGGUCGUCGCCAGGAUGGGCCCAAUGUUUGUACCUGCCCACAUCCUCCCGCUCGAGAGGCUGGGCAUGGCCCAGUGGCCGCGGACAGCCACGGGGAAGAUCAAGAAGACGCUCGUGGCAGAAGCGGUCAAGACGCGCCUGGAACGAGAGCAGGAUUCCGAGAACCUCAACGGCCUGGGUCCUGAGGCAAAAAUCAAGGAGAGCAUAAGGGGCAUAUGGGCUCGUUCCGUCGGUCUCCAAGAAUUCAAUCUGUCCCUACAACAGCCCAUUUCUCAGUUUGCCGACAGCUUGACAAUUGCACGUGUUGCACGGAGAAUUCGACGGCAGAUACCGGGCUGCGUCGCAUUGUCAGCCCAGGAGAUGAUGCGGGCCCAAAACAUCGGGGAGCAGAUCGAGCUGGUGGUGCGCUUGGCAGGUGCUCAGGAAGAAGCUCGUCGUACCAGUGAGCCGGAUUCUAUGCCAACCCACAUGGAGCGUGACGGACCUCCCGGCGUUGAUGACAUGGCUCACUUGACGGAGGAUCCCGGUCUUCUAAACGAGACCAGGGACUUGGUCCUUGAAACCAUUGGCAAAGAUGGGUUUGACUGGAGCGAUGUUGAGGACGUGAUUCCAGCGCAGAGCUGUGUUAGCGAGCUCGGCCGAAGCCGCGUGAUCGAUAGCGCCAAGUUCCACUUUGUUGAUUUGAUGACCACUGAAAGAGACCCCGAGCGCGUCAAGAGAGCGGUGCAGGCGAUGCUGUGCCACAACCGUAUCCUAGCCUCCUAUCUGGUCUGGGAUCAGGAAAGACGCCAUGGCCUAGAUCCAGACCUGGCGCUCCACGUUACACUGAAACACAACCAAAAGCUCUUUGAUCAUGUGGUCAAGAUGGCGGGCACCAUCAAGACGGUAGAGGACCUGCAGAGACUGGCAAUCGUCUGUCCGGAGCCCGAAAGAGGAGUUCUUCCGGGGAAUCUGUUCAGGGCCUUGAUCUACGAAGUUGAGGAAACCGGAACAGUUGGGUUGUUUUACAUCGUGAGCCACGCGGUUCUGGACGCGAGCAGCAUAUGGAUGUUCCAGGAAGACCUGGACACUAUUUUGUCGGGCAAGCAAGUCCAACCUCACGUGGAUUACAAGCUCUGGGCCGACGCAUACUAUUCCUUCCGCGGCUCGCCUCAAGCUCGCAGCUCACUCGGUUGGCAUGCAAAAUACCUGGACGGCAUCAAAAGUCAUGUUGAGAAAGCCUUGUGGCCACCGAUACCGGCGCGUGGAGACAUCGACCAAACAGGUAAAGGCUACCCGGACGGUGUGCAUUAUACCUUCAGAGCACCAGACAUUGUCGCAUUGAGAAAGUCCCACCCCGGGAUUUCGCCGCCCGUCGUACUCAAAAUCGCGCUGGCACUGCUCAUCGCCUGGCACACGGGACACAGCCACGCCCUGUUCGCGAGCUGCGAAGACGGCCGCACCAAGUGGCCCUUCAUGCCAGCCAUGCCCAAGCACCAGGCCGGCAUGUUCGCCGACGCCCAGGACGUCGCGGGCCCGACCAUACAGUUCGUCACAAACCUCGUAGAGAUAAGCCCGGCCGAGACGGUGCUCGACUUCUUGCGCCGGAUGCAGGACGACCAGGACAACCUGACCAGGCACGCGUUCGCGCCCUGGCCGGAGCUCGAGCGCGCCGUCGGCCUGGAGAGAAACAUCAUCCAGCGCAUCUUCACAACCAUCAAGUUCAACUGGGUCCCGGGCUUCGGGGCCCGGGCGCAGAUGGACCGGGCCACGGAGCCGUUCCCCAGCCUGCGCAUCCUGGCCGCCGUGGCACGCUGGCGGAUCGGCCUGCUCUGUCGACUUGGCCUGGGCGGUCUGCACAGCGACGUCGUGACCAUGCACCUGAUGGGGGAUGCGUUCGGUGGAGAGCAGAAAGCGCGUGUCGCCAAGAGGUAA